AUGGAGAAUCAAAAAGUUAAGCUAAUGUGUAGCUAUGGCGGAAAAAUUCAGCUUCGCCCACACGACCAUCAGCUCUCCUACGUCGGCGGCGACACCAAAAUCCUCACCGUUGAUCGGAACGUCAAGUUUGCCGACAUGGUUGCAAAGCUGAAUUCUCUGUGUAAUAUCAACGCGGAGAUUUGUAUAAAGUACCAGUUGCCUGGUGAAGAUCUCGAUGCACUUGUUUCCCUUGUUGAUGACGAUGAUGUGGAGCAGAUGAUGAUUGAAUACGAUCGCAUGCAGAAAGUUACCACAAAAACGGCUAGGUUAAGGCUCUUCCUUUUCUACCCAAUCCGGUUACCGGUAUCCCCUUCGACUCCGGAUUUUCUAUUCGGGUUCGAUAAGGAAUACAAUCCGAACUCUAACCCGAACCCAAGUUUAACGCCAACAGCGGAUCUUCUGCAAUUGCAAAUCCCAGGAAUAUUGGCGGCUCCAGAAAAUUCGGUUAUGGAUACACCAAAAAAUCAGGAAAGUGGAGGCGGCACAGUGAGAGUUCCGAAAAUUUCUGCAUCAGAGAUAGUACGUGACAGCAGUAGCUUGCUGGUGAAGAAUGUUCAAACACAACAAGGCUUACGUGAAAGUCACGUGACAGGUGGGGCCUAUGGUAAUGCGGUGCAGAUGGUGUUCGGGGUACCAAUGAUGAUGACUGGUGGGUAUCAUACAACUGGGUUUGGACAGUUUGGUGUGCAAGGGUUAGUGGGUGGGGGCGGUCAAUAUAUGGACCAACCUGUCUACAAUUUCGCGCCAGCUACAGCAAUGACAUCGGUCAUGGUCCCACCUGAUCAGAAGAUGAUGGUGUCUACAGCUGAUACCCUGAGCCGUGAAAUCAAAAGUUGA